AUGGCUCAAACUGAGGAGAAGCCCGCCCCCACCACCCGCCUGGGUCUCACGUUCUCGACCACCCGCCAGACCCUCUUCGUGGCCUUCUUCACCUUCUUCUGCGCUAUCGACCUCUCCCUCCUGGGUCUCGUCUCGGAGCAGAUCCACAAGUAUGGCAACGACUGGACCUCGUACCCCAACGGCAUGUUCUACCACGCUCUCGGUCUUGCUCUCUUCGCCACCAUCUUCUACCUGAUCUUCGGUCUCUGCCACUGGGCCCUGGGCCACGCCCUCAUCCUCUUCUGCUUCUUCUCCGCUGGUGUCAUGUUCGGUACCGUCGCGGGUAUCCUCACCGCUACCCCCUUCGGCCACGGUCUCCAGUGCGGCAACCCCGUCGACUCGUUCCCUCUCCAGUACCAGCCCUUCGUUAACGAGUGCUCGCGCAUCACCGCCAUUGUCGGUCUCUCGUGGACCAUGUUCGGUCUCUGCGUCAUCGGCUUCUUCUGGUUCUUCUUCGACAAGUUCUCCCUCCAGUCGCGCCGUGCCAACGUCUACGAGCCCUACGUCGACCUCGAGGCCGCCAACAAGCCCCUCGACCUCCACAAGCACUAA